AUGGAUGAUGACAAAGAAGCUUUGGGUCGCCCGCGGGAGGACAACAAGCAAACUGCGACGUUGCAGUCACCACCGACGGAGAUGAAGAAACAGGAACCAGCGGGGCAACAUCCGAGGGGUGCUGGAAACUGUAGUUCGAGGGGUCCAGGAAGCUAUAGCGCUACCGCAGUUGCUGGUUCAAAAGAAAUUGCAGAGGAAACAAGGAAUCUUAGGCAACAACUCCAAAAUGAGAACAACGUAACCGAUCCAGUACAUGCCAUUUCGGGUGCUCAGUCAAUUCGGCCACCAAUAGAUUUGGCAGAUGAUAGUGUCAUGCCAAUGCCACCGCCACAAAACAGUAUUGCCCAUAGGCAACAGGAGCAACAGCCAGGACCAGGAGCCUAUCCUGUGCAAACGGUAAGACUGCCGGCGGAGUUUCGCCAUGACGACACUCAUGAGACCGAAGAUGGCCUACAAGACCCCAAUCAUGCUCCUUGGAAUAUUACUGGAGGAAUCCAGAUUUCACCAGAAGAGAAUGCUAGCAAUCGUGAAGGCUUGGCCGUAGCCAAUCUGGUGCAAGAAAAUUCAGAAUUCUUGGCUGCUUUGCCCCAGGCACAGAAUGUGGAUAUGGAUUCAUCAGAGAGGAGAGCUGAGGAAACCAAGAAAUUCAAAACCAGAAUCUUGCUGAGCAGCAUCCUUGUGAUUGCUGUUAUCAUAAUCUUGUUGGCUGCUCUAGUUCCCCCCAAAGAUACUUCCACCGGUGAUGGAUCUCCACAAGAGGCACCCAGAUUCAGCCCAUCCCAAGCACCAACUACAGUUGCGGAAUAUGUGAUGUCUCUCAUCACUGCGAAUACAACAGCCACUUAUUUGGAAGAAGCUCCAGACUCACCCCAGUCACAGGCAUUGAAAUGGCUCUUGGAGGACUCUGAAAACCUGCCAUAUCCAGCCGAUGAACGCUUGAUACAAAAGUUUGCCCUUGCUACAGUGUUCUAUGCCACAGGCGGCGCCAACUGGGCAGACCAUGACCACUGGCUUGACCACAGUGUCAAUGAAUGUGAAUGGUACACCAAUCAAGAAUUUUCACUGGCGACUUCCACAUCAUUCUUGUAUCCUGGCUUCCUAAAAGACUUCUUCCCUUCAACAGAGCCCCCUCCUACAACCUGUGACGAACGCGGUCUUUAUCAACAUCUUUGGUUAGACGCAAACAAUCUGCAGGGAUCCUUGCCUUCUGAACUCUACUUGCUGACAUCCUUGAAGACAAUUUCAGUUGGGUGGAAUAAUCUACAUGGGUCCAUUUCUCGCCACAUUGGACAUCUUCGUUCUCUGGAGGGGCUAUCUAUGGGAUUUGGAAAAGACUCCGGAACUAUCCCAUCCGAAAUUGGUUUUUUGAGAGAUCUACGUAUGCUAGCACUCAACGACAACAAUCAUGAGGGAUUCAUUCCGUCAGAGCUAUGGCAACUAACCAACCUGGAAUUUUUUACAUUGUUUGGCAACCCUCAAUUAAAGGGGAGUAUCCCAACAGAGAUUGGGAAAUUCAGCAAGCUGAAGUGGAUCGUCCACUUUGACUGUGAUCUCACAGGGACGCUCCCCACAGAGAUUGGUGAAGCAACUUCCCUUGAAUGGUUGGCUUUGUUUGGCAAUUCGCUGACAGGAACCAUUCCAACUGAACUCAAACAGCUUUCAAAGAUACAUCUCAUAGCCUUGGAUGGCAAUGCACUCCAAGGAAGGAUUCCUACAGAGUUGGGUGCACUCGAAUCUCUUCGUCUUUUGUUUAGCCUGUUUGGAAAUCAGCUUACCGGCUGGAUCCCGAGCGAACUGGGACGUCUGACUAACCUGGCCAUUGAAUUGACUCUCAAGAACAACAAUCUCACUGGUACCAUCCCGACUGAGUUGGGACGGCUGUCCCUAUUGAGUGGCAUGGAACUCGAGAACAAUCAGCUCUCUGGCCAGAUUUGCAGUGAAUUUGGGCAGCUCACGGCCUUGAGGCGCCUUCUGUUAGGCAACAAUUCCCUAUCAGGAACUCUGCCUCUUGAACUGCAAGCUCGUCACCAGUCCCUGCAAACUCUGUCUGUGGAGGGCAAUCCCCGGCUAUCUGGAUCCAUUCCGGAAGGACUAUGCACCCUGAGCGGAAUCUGCAAGGGAGGUCCAUUGGACCCAUGUAGUGGCCCUGCUUUGUUUUCAUUUGAUUGCACUAGCUUGCUGUGUGGCUGUGACUGUGCUUGUGGCUGA